AUGAGCAAGGAGGAUGCGCCGUUGACACAGCAGUUGCUGAUUGAUGGCAUGUUGCCGUCGUUGGCUCCUCUCCUGGUGGAAUGCCCUGGCAAGCGCGAGCCUCUUUGCGAAGUGGUCUACGCCUACACCCAGCCGCAAGUUUUGAGUCGUCUCAACGUCUUGCGCGCGCUGAAGGAGUCCAUGAGCCAGAUGCCGGCAUACGUUUCCUGCCUUUCCUACUUCCUACCGAUGGAGAUCCAAGUGGGUCUUCAAGAUGAGCACCUGCUGAGACACUAUCAGUACUAUGCCCUGGUGGCACUUCAGAGUCCCCAGCCUUCCGUGCGGGUCGCCGGCCUGGCCAUGCUCACCGAGGUCUCCAAGGAAUUCGGCAAUUUUGCGCAUAAUGUGCUUCAUGAAACCGACACCUUCUGCAACCUCGUUGCAGAUGAUUGGUGGGAGGUGCAAGGUCAGUUGAUGUUGUUGACCGGAUGUCUUCUUGAGCACGCAGCAAGCGUUCAAGCGGAGGGGACGAGCGCAGACAAGGAUUUGGAAGCAAUCCGGAAAACGGCGGAGCAGCGCCUACUGAGCGUGGCUGAAGAGUUGAUGUCCUUGAAAGGUAGAUCAAAGGUUGUGAUUCAGAUCGGCUUGUGCUCUCUUGCAAAGGUCUUGAGGCCAUAUCCGCAAUUGCUACCAGGCUAUGUUGCGGCUUUACUGCAGCAACCAGCGCAGUUUCGUCAUCGCAUCCUUGAACACCAGGGGUCGAUACGCAAGCGCUAUUCCAUUGGAACAUCUUCUCGUGUCUAUGAGGAAUGCUGUCUCCUCGACUAUUGGCCUGGUGUGGACAUUGCAAGGACCAUGGCAGAGGUGGCAGCAGCGCAGAAUUUGCCGCACCUGGAGACGGAGCACUUUGAGGUGCUGACUUGCUGCUUGCCCGAGUCCAGUGUGGACCUGGAUGAUACCUGGUUGAUGGUCUUUGAGAAGAUGAAAAACUACAUCUUCGUGGCCUUCCUGGAUCCAGUCCUUCAUGACUUGGCCGUAGAGGUGGUACGACGCUACUGGCUUUGCCGGCCGCAAGCAGCAGCACAGAGGGCAUUAGAUGCCUCCAAGAAGACCUUGCUGCAGAUCCUACGGCUACACUAUAGUGAUGCGGCCACAGGGGAGGCAAAGAUCAAGGAGACGGCCCUGGUGGAUUUCCUCCGCGAGAUGAAAGAGGCAGGUGGUGCUGUGGCCUCCAUGCUCCAGUCCGUGGUGGAUCAGUUCCGGGAGGUUUUCGGGUCGAGCCGCCACCCGUCGUUCAGUGCCGGCCCCUAA